CAGCUCGAUCCAACCAGAACCAGCCCAGAAAAUUCGCAGCCGCCAACCACCCGACCCCACAUGGCCACAUCCGCGAUGCCCACGCCGUGAGCCCGUGAGGCGCGCCGCUGGAGCCGCCGCAGCCGUUACUAUGACCUCGCCGGCCCCCACCUCCUGGUUCUCCGGCCUCUCGCGCUCCUCCUCCACCAUGGCCGGCGGCGUCGCCUCGGCCUCGGCCUCCGCCUCCGCCUCCGGCCCCGCCUCCGCGUUCCUCCCCGACGCGCCCAAGUCCGUAAUCGGCGCCGGCUCCGGAGGAGGCAAGCGGAAUCAUCUCUGCGGGGCGCUGUUCAAGUACGGCCCCAAAUCUGCGCAGGUAGCAUUCAGGACUGGGGAUUUUAACCAUCAGGUGAUCUUCAUUGGUGGCCUCACAGAUGGGCUUUUAGCUACUGAUUACUUGGAACCAUUGUCACUUGCAUUGGAGGUUGAGAAAUGGUCCUUGGUACAGCCAUUGCUUUCUUCAUCAUACACUGGAUAUGGAAUUUCCAGCUUACAGCAAGAUGCGUUAGAACUAGAGCAACUCAUCAGUUACCUAAUAAAUAAGGAAAAUUCUGAAGGAGUAAUAUUGCUUGGUCAUAGUACUGGAUGCCAGGAUAUUGUGCAUUAUAUGCGCACAAACUUUGCCUGUUCGAAAGCGGUUUCUGGGGUCAUCUUGCAGGCCCCAGUAAGUGACAGGGAGUAUAGAGCAACUCUUCCGGAAACAGCUGAAAUGAUAGACCUGGCAGCCAAAUUGAUUAGCGAGGGCCGUGGAAUGGAUUUGAUGCCUAGAAAAGCAAACUCAGAUGCUCCUAUUACUGCCUACAGGUACCACUCCCUUUGUUCAUAUAUGGGUGAUGAUGACAUGUUCAGUUCAGAUCUAAGUGAAGAUCAGCUGAGGCAGAGACUUGGUCAUAUGUCAACCACACAGUGCCAGGUUAUUUUUUCAAUGGGGGAUGAAUAUGUGCCUGAAUAUGUUGAUAAGAGGGCUCUAGUAGACAGGCUAUGUAGGGCACUGGGAGGUGCAGAGAAAGUCGAGAUAGAAUGGGGAAACCAUGCUCUGUCCAACAGAGUGCAAGAAGCAGUUGUGGCCAUUGUAGAUUUUGUCAAGAGGGAGGGGCCCAAAGGCUGGGAUGACCCAUGGAGCUAGAUACAGCAGUUAUAAUCUCAUUUGUAACUAGUUUGUGCUUUUCCUCUUCUCUCUUUUCUCCAAUUGUAACUUCUUUCUUUUGCAUUAUUAUUGGUCCAUUUUUCAAUAGUGAUAUGCUAUUUUUCUU